AUGGCACUUGUCGUGAGUGUUGCUCUGGGUCUGGCAUUUGGGGCCAGCCCGGUGCGCGCUGGAUUGGAGGAAAUCGACCAUGUGGUUCUCUUCAUGCAAGAAAACCGGGCAUUCAACCAUUACUUUGGUACUAUGGCCGGUGUAAGGGGAUUCAAUGACCCCAAUGUUCAAGUGAAUCCUGAUGGGCGGUCUGUCUGGUACCAAACAGUUGACGAAAGCCUGUCCACUAAGACUGAUUAUUUGCUGCCAUGGUAUCUCAACUACCUAGGCGGGGAUUGGUCAGCUUCGACUCAAUGUAUGGUGGCUGGUUCCAAUGGCUACGAUGCUAACCAUGCGACUCUGAACGGGGAUUUAAACAAUCACUGGGCCGUCAACAAUACUCCCUGGAGCUGGGGUUACUUCAAAAAAGAAGAUCUCCCUGUACACUUUGCCAUGGCUGAGGCGUAUACCGUCAAUGAUAUGUAUCAGGAAGGCCAAAUCACGUCGACAAGCCCGAAUCGGGUAACAUGGGUUAGUGGUACUAUCAAUGCGCCAGGUAGUCCGACAAACCCCAAUGGAACGGGCGGCGUUUAUAUUGAUAACAACGAGACUCCGGGCUGCGAAACAGGUGCGGAUGGCGACUAUUCUUGCUAUCCCCUAACUUGGCAGACUACCUUUGAAGUCUACGAAAGCAUCGGGGUGACCUGGCAAGUGUGGCAGGACAAAGAUAACUUCGACGACAAUCCAAAUGCCUGGUUCAAGCAGUACCAGGAGGCGGCCACUGACUCUCCUUUAUAUGAGCACGGAAACUCGUUCCUGUACACUUUGGAUGACUUCACGGCUGCCGCGGCCAACGGCACUCUUCCCAUGGUUAGUAUCAUUAUCGGACAAAACGAGUUGUCUGAGCACCCUCCAUGGAUGCCCAAGGACGGUGCCUGGCUUCACCAGCAGAUCUUCAACGCCGUAGUCAACAGUCCAAAGUAUAAUUCCACUGCUCUGAUCGUCUCAUACGAUGAAACUGGUGGAUGGGGUGAUGCCGUACUCCCAUACCAUUCACCUGAAGGAACACAAGGAGAGUGGAUGAAUGAUCCAUUAGGCGAAUUUGGUCAGAUCUUUACAGGCCCUGGCUUCCGUGUCCCAGCUUGGAUUGUGUCACCUUGGACACGUGGUGGACGUGUUUUCAGUGAACGUUGCGACCACAAUUCUCAGAUUUUGUUUGUUGAGGAGUGGCUGAAGGCCAAGGGAUACUCAAACUACACGCUGGAUGGCAUGGUCCCAUGGCGUCGCGAACAUAUGUGCAACUAUGUCAAUGCAUUUGACUUCUCAAAUCCUGACUACAGUAUCCCUGAUGUUCCUGUAGCCGACCCGCCUCAUCAGGAUUCAAGUGGAAACUUUGAUGGAUCUUCGCUGUGCCAAGCAAACUUCUCGAAGGCGCAGCCGCCUGUUCCAUACGGCGAGCAGACACUGGAAGAUUCGCUUUUCUUUGAAGAUGGGUUCAAGGAGGUUGUUGGUUACCUCACUGAGGGUCGUUAUCUAACCUUCGAAAUGAAUGGGUACGCACUAAGUAACCCAUCGUCCAACGCAAACAGCAGCGGCGUCGUCUCUGUUAGCAACGCUACUUCCAAUCAUGAAAGCAUCAGCCAACGCUGGGUCAUUCACUAUUCACAAGGCGUGGAAAGCGGUAUAUUCCAGGUCUCCAGCGCCCUUGACGGUCGCUGGAUCGCUCAGGGCGCUACACUAGUCCCUGCUGCACAGGAACAACUCGCCACAGACUUCCAGAUUUCUUAUCUCGGAAAUGGCCAAGGGUAUACUAUACAAUAUGCCCUUCCGAACAAUACUGCCUACUUGAGCAUUCAACAGAAUGGAACACUGACCAGCGGGAAUAGCAGCCCGCUUGGCUUCAAGGUCUACAGCGUGUCGUACCAUAGCUAG